AUGAGUGAGAAAAAGGUUAAUGGAGGUGAGAAAGCUUGUGCUGCAUGCAAGCAUCAGUUGAGAUCAAAGUGUCACAAAAAUUGUAUAUUAGCCCCAUACUUCCCAAUUUCUCAAUAUCAAGACUUUAUGAUUGUCAAAAAGCUCUUUGGUGUGGACAGCCUCACAAGGAUCCUGAAUGAAAUAGAGCCUGACCAGAGAAAGGAAGCCAUUAAGUCAAUGGUGAUCGAGUCCAAGGCAAGGAAGGAUGAUCCUGUGGAAGGUAUUGUAGGUAUCAUCAACAAACUUCAAACCCAAAUACAGUCUUGUGAGAAUGAGCUUGCGAUUGUUAACCAACAGCUUAGUUAUUGCAAACAAAGAGAACAGUUACAGAGCCAGGAUGAAGUAACCCUUGCAACACAUUUUAAGUUCAAAGAUGCUGGAGAAUCCAGCAGGUAG